GCUCUUCUUCUCCACCUCUCCCUCGUCCCCACCUUUCUCCUCAUCCCCACGUCUUUCCUCAUCCCCACCUCUCCCCUCAUCCCACAUCUCCCCUCGUCUCCAUCUCUCCAAUCAUCCCCACGGUCCCACCUCUCCCCUCAUCCCCACCUCUCCCCUCAUCCCCACCUCUCCCCUCAUCCCCACCUCUCCCCUCAUCCCCACCUCUCCCCUCAUCCCCACCUCUCCCCUCAUCCCCACCUCUCCCCUCAUCCCCACCUCUCCCCUCAUCCCCACCUCUCCCCUCAUCCCCACCUCUCCCCUCAUCCCCACCUCUCCCCUCAUCCCCACCUCUCCCCUCAUCCCCACCUCUCCCCUCAUCCCCACCUCUCCCCUCAUCCCCACCUCUCCCCUCAUCCCCACCUCUCCCCUCAUCCCCACCUCUCCCCUCAUCCCCACCUCUCCCCUCAUCCCCACCUCUCCCCUCAUCCCCACCUCUCCCCUCAUCCCCACCUCUCCCCUCAUCCCCACCUCUCCCCUCAUCCCCACCUCUCCCCUCAUCCCCACCUCUCCCCUCAUCCCCACCUCUCCCCUCAUCCCCACCUCUCCCCUCAUCCCCACCUCUCCCCUCAUCCCCACCUCUCCCCUCAUCCCCACCCCUCCCCUCAUCCCCACCUCUCCCCUCAUCCCCACAUCUCCCCUCAUCCCCACCUCUCCCCUCAUCCCCACAUCUCCCCUCAUCCCCACGGUCCCACCUCUCCCCUCAUCCCCACAUCUCCCCUCGUUCGUUCCUGCCUGCCUGUCCCCUCCAUGCAGACGGCGGGGUGGUCGUUCAACCAUUCCUGCAAACCGCACAAGCUCCUGCCGCUGGUUACUACUCGGCUGGUUACCACCCAGCUGGUUACACGCCUGGCUCGGAGUGGGGCAGUGGGGGGGAGGCAGUGUGGGGGCACUCUGCCUUUGGCGGGCAGGUGUGGGCUGGAUCACCCACAGGGACUCCUGCACCCUGCUGUAGCAGCAGCAGCAGCAGCAGGAGACGGCAUUCCCAAGCCUAGAAUCCCGGGCCCCAGGCGUCCCCCCAAGCCUAAGAUUGCCCAUGCGGCUGGUUCAUCUGAUUCACAGCUUGUGCCCUCGCCUUCCUCCAAACCCGCUCAACCAGCACCCCACCUUGCACCUGCCGGACCCCCCUUGCCUUCCACGCCCGCCAAGUGUGCUACAGCCGCUGCUACAGCUGUGGCUACAGCACCUUCCCCUGGCCCAUCUGCCAGUGCGGCUCUUGCAGCAGCAGGGUUGGAGUCUGACGGUGCUGGCCGUCCUUCAUCUGCUGCGGCUGCCACUGCUGCUGCUGAUACCGCUGCUGGGGCUGCCUCUGAGUCGGUGAAGGAGAGGAGGCGCACGAUCAAAAUCAAAGGAGGCGCUCAGCGGAAGGUUCUCGUGUUGGUUUCACCUGAAAAACCACCUGAAGUGCCUGCGUCGCAAGCAGAGUCAGCUGCAGUGCAGAGUGGAUCGACUACUGUGCCUCCAGGGAGUGAAACGGUGCCGCGAAAGCCAAAGAGAGUUAUUAUAAUCUCACGCAAGAAAAGGGAUGCUGCUGCUGCUGCUGCUGUAGCGGAUAGUUCCGGUGUUGCUGCUGGUGCUGCUGCUGGUGCUGCUGCUGGUGUUGCUGCUGCAGCUGCUGGUAAUGACACCGCAGCUGCUGCUGGCGCUGCUGCUGGUACUGCUGCUGCUAGUGAUGCUGGUGAUGGUGCUGGUGCCACUGGUGCCACUGGUGGUGCUGGUGGUAGCAUUGUCCGUUCCGGCCACAAGGCAGUGCAUGGGGAAGGGGAUCCCACCAGUGCAAUGGCGGCGAGAGGGAAGCAUGGAGGCGAUGGCGAGGGUGGUGUUGGAGGGAAGGAUGAUGUGGGAGGAGGUGGUACGGGUGGGCAGGGAGGGAAGGUUGGAGUAAAGGUGAAGAUCAAGCGUAGAGUGAAGGUGAAGCUUCCUGAAGGGAAGAAGGUAGUUGGUGUGAGUGAAGGGGGGCGUGGUGAGAAGGGAAAGGAUGGUGAAGCUGCGAUACGACGGACGGGAGGGGAGGCAGGAGGGGAAGAGGAUGGAGGGGAGCGGAAGGAGGGAGAAAAGAAAGAAAGGGAAGGGGAGAGAAAGGAAGGAGGAAACAGAGAAAAGGGAGCGGAAGAAGGCGAGAUUGGGAAGAGAGGCAAGAGGGAAGAGAGAGGGGAGGGAGGGUUGGCAGGGGGGAAGGCGGAAGAAGCAAAUAAACGGGAGAGAGAGAUGGGGAAGGGUCCGAGGAGAGAGGAGGGGGAAGACGAGGGGGAAGACGAGGGGGGAGAGGGAGGGAGAGGAGGAAAGAGGGAGAAAAAGGGGGAGGAUGAGAAGGGAAGGAGGCGUGCGGAGGGAGAAAAAGGGGGGCUAGUUAAAGCUGUACCCGCAAAGAGGGGGAGACCUGUUGGUGGGUCCAAGGCUGCUGCGGCUGCCAUUGCCGCCGCCGCCGCCGCCGCUGCUGCUGCUGUAGCAGCAGGGGCCGCCAGUAAUACCGAUGCUGCUGGUGCUGGUGCUGCUGUCGCUGAGGGUGUUGCUGUGGCGUCUGGAGGGGUGGAUGCUGGCAAGGCGGCACCUGAUGAGAGGCUGACAGCAGCACGCAAGGACAAGGCGCUUCUGGCUGCUGGGGCGGGGCGAGAAACGGUUGGAAGGGGUGAUAUGGAAGGAGAGAAGGACAGAGGAAAGAAGCAUGCAGAGAAGGUUGGAGAAGUGAAGGAUGGAGGAGAAGUGAAGGAUGGAGGAGAAGUGAAGGAUGAAGGAGGAGUGAAGGAUGGAGGAAAAGACUCCGGGAAGGCAGAGGCUGGGGCGACUACUAAAGGGGGAGAGAGGCCAGAGGGAGAGAGGUCUGGGAAGGGAGAGAGGCCAGGGGGAGAGAGGCCAGGGGGAGAGAGGUCUGGGAAGGGAGAGAGGGUGGGAGGAGGGGGAAGGGAGGAUGGGGUUGGUGAGAGAGAGAGGGAACGUCCUAGAGAGGGGAGGAGGAGGAAGAAACGUGAGAAGGAGAGAGGUGAGUUGGUGGGGAAGAGGGGGGAGAGAGUGAGAGCGGGAGAAGGGGAGGAGACGGAUGGAAAGAAUAGAGCUGUGGCAGAGAGCCAUGCGGAUGAGGGUGAAGAGGGCGGCGAGAGGGGCGAGGGGGCAGUGGGUGCAGCGGUGGGCGAGGGAGUAGCUGGGGGAGAGGUCUCCAAGGGAGAGGAGAGUGAGUUGGGGAGGGAGAGUACGAUAGACAGGAGGCGACAUGGGGGCAGGGAGAGGAAGAGGAGUGGUGAGGAGAUGGCGAGGGGGGGAAGGAGAGAGGGAGGGAGGGGUGAGGAGUUGGAACUGCAGGUGCAGGUGAAGGAAGAGAAGGGCGGGAAGGAGAAGCGGCUUGAGGAGAGGGGGAGAGAGAAGAGGGGAAGGGACGAUGGUGCUGUAAGGAGGGGAGAAGGGGAUGAAAGGAAGAGACGCGGGGAUGGUCGGGAGGAGGAGGCAAGGGAGGAGGAGGAUAAGGAGGACGAGGAGGAGGGCAGAAAAGGGGAGGGGGCAGAAAGGAUGUCGGUCCGACGGAGAGCAGCGGGAGUGCACGAGACGGGUGGAGAGGAGGGGAUGAAGCGGGUGGGUGGUGAUGAGACAGGCAGAUAUGAGCACGAGGAGGAGGGAGAGAGAGGGGACACGGAGAGGGGGAUUGCAAGAGAGGACAAGGAGAGAGGGGAGAGAGGGAGAAGAGGGAGGAAGGGGAGGGAGGCGAGUGAGGGCGGGGAGGGGAGUGUGUGGUGCGGGUUGUGUGGGGGAGAGGAGGAGCAGGGCAGUGCGAGAGCUGCUCGCCUGGUGCCGUGCCCGCAGUGUGGUCGCAGCUUCCACCGCCACUGCCUGCUGGGAAUGGCAGACAACAGAGGUACGUCUGUGUGCCGUGUGCCUGCCGUGUGCCUCCCCUGCCCCUCGUUCCACCCAUUGACCCGCUUCCCCCCUCCCGUUGCCCCACAACCCCCACCUCGGUUGCCCCACAUUCCUCCCAUGCCUUUCCCCCCGUGCCCCACAUCCCCUCUUGCCCACAUUCGUCCGCACUGCCGUGCUGUGCGCAGGCAACCUGGACUGGCGGGACUGGGUGUUCCUCACAAUAUUCUCUGCACCCCUCUGCAUCCCUCUGCACCAUCUACCCGCCUCUUCAUUCCCCUGCUCCCCUCUGCAACCCUCUACGUGCCUCUUUAUCCCUCUGCACCUCCUGCACCCCUCUGCACCCCGCCAGUCACCGUUCAAGGGCCCGUUCCUGUGUCCCAGGCACACGCAGUGCCACAGCUGCGGCUCCAAAGUGCCGGGCAGUGGCACGUCCUCGCGGUACGAAGUUGGCAUAACAGGGAGUGGGGAGAUGGGCUGGAGGCAACAGGGGAUGGGGAUAAUAGGGAGAGGGAAGAUUUGUGGGGGGUGGGAGUGUGGGAGAGAGACGGGAAAAAACCUGGGUGCAAGCUGCUCCUUCAGCUAAAUGCCCUCUCGCCUUCUCUAUCCCUCCCCACCUUCCCCUCCCUCCUCUCCCCUUACCCUCUUUUCUCCCAGUCUCUCUGCGCUCCCCUCUCUGGUUCUUCCACCAUCCCCUAUCUCACCAUCCCCUAUCUCACCAUCCCCUAUCUCACCAUCCCCUCCUCUUACCACUUCUCCCCCUAG